AUGGUUUCAUUGAAUUUUGAAGUACGAUUUAUAGAUUCACUAAAAUUUCUUCAAUCAUCACUUGCUAAUCUUGUUGGAAAUUUACAACCAGAAGAUUUUUUUAAUACAAAAAAAAUAUUUAAGAAGAAUGUAGAUCUACUAACUCGUAAAGGUGUCUAUCCUUAUGAUUAUGUCUCAUCACUUGAAAAAUUAUUAGAAACCAGAUUACCACCUAAAGAAGAAUUUUAUUCCCAACUUUAUGAUGAAGAUAUAUCAGAUGAAGAUUACCAACACGCAAUAAAUGUUUGGAAUACUUUUGAUUGUACGACAAUAAGAGAUAACCACGAUCUUUACCUAAAGUCUGAUGUAUUACUGCUAGCAGAUGUAUUUGAAAACUUUAGAGCAACUUGUCUCAAACAUUACAAAUUAGAUCCAGCCCAUUAUUAUACAUCCCCAGGUUUAGCUUGGGAUGCAUGUCUAAAAGAAACAGGACAACAAUUACAAUUAUUACAUGAUUAUGAUAUGUUAAUGAUGUUUGAGCAAGGUAUACGUGGUGGGAUAACACACAUAUCAAAAAGAUAUGCAGAAGCGAAUAACAAAUAUAUGAAAGAUUUCAAUCCUGAUAAUGAGUCUACUUUUAUUCAAUAUCUGGAUGCAAACAAUCUUUACGGUUGGGCAAUGACU